ACGAAAUAUUUUCAUGAAUGAGCUGUUGAGAGAUGAUAAUCUGAAUCAAGACGUCGCUGACCUCUCGCCUGAAGCAGUCAAGGCAGCCCUACUCAGUAAGAAGUCUCUUGUUGUCCUUGAUAAUGUAAGUGAGAAGAAACAGCUAGAUGUCCUCCUCGAAGACCGUGACUGGGUUGCGAGUGGUAGUAGAAUCGUUAUCACAACUAGUGACAAGUCGGUGAUCGAGGGGAUAGUUGAUGACACCUACGAGGUUCCGAGACUGAGUGGCAGAGACAGCUUUCAGUACUUCAACUAUUUUGCCUUUGGUAGUAAGGACUAUACUCCGGAGGGUAACUUCAUGAAGCUUUCUAGACAGUUUGUGGAUUAUGCCAACGGCAACCCAUUCGCUCUCAAUAGAUUGGGUGUUGAUCUUCAUGGAAAAAACGAGGCUCACUGGAGAGAAAAACUUCGCGACCUGGAAGAAAAUCCCCAUAAGGCCAUACAAGAUUUCUUGAAGAUAAGCUAUGAUGGACUAGAGAAGCUUCAAAAAGAUGUAUUUCUCGAUAUCGCUUGUUUCUUUAGAUCAGGGGAUGAGUCCCACGUGAAAUGUUUAGUGGAGGAGUCUUGUGACACUGAGUCCAAUAUUGCUGGUGUGAGUGGGAUAAAGGAUCUUGCCGGUAAAUUUUUUAUUAACAUUUCUGGCGGACGAGUGGAGAUGCAUGAUAUACUGUAUACAUUUGGCAAGGAACUUGGUUCGAAAGGUUCACGUAGGCUGUGGAAGAACGUUAAAGACAUUAUUGAUGCGCUGAAUAACAAAACGGGAGCAGACAGUGUAAGAGGUAUUUUUCUCGACACGUCUAAACUGAAGGCACAUGCUUUACAUCGAUGUAGCUUCAGCCGAAUGCCUAAUCUUAGGUAUCUCAAAAUUUAUAAUUCUUGUUGCCAUCGAGAAUGCGAAGCUGACCGCAAACUAAACUGCCCUGACGGACUUGAAUUACCGUUGGAUAAAUUAAGAUAUUACUAUUGGCUUAAAUUCCCUUUGAGGAAACUUCCAGAAGACUUCAACCCCAAGAAUCUCACCGACCUUAACCUGCCUUACAGCGAGAUUGAAGAGCUGUGGGAGGGUCUUAAGGAUACACCAAAGCUAAGAUGGGUUGAUCUUAGCCACUCAAGAAAGUUAUACAAGCUGUCAGGGUUACAAAAUGCCGAGAGACUCAAAAAGUUGAAUCUUGAAGGGUGCACGAGUUUGGAGGAAUUGCCCCAGGAGCUGAAACGUAUGCAACGUCUUAUUUUCCUCAACAUGAGAGGAUGCACGAGUCUCCGGGUUCUUCCACCUAUGAAUCUCAUCUCUCUGGAAAUUCUCAUCCUCACCAACUGCUCAAGUCUUAAGGAAUUCCGGGUGAUUUCGGAUAAUCUUGAAACUCUAAACUUAGAUGGAACUAACAUAAGUCAACUUCCUGAAAGCAUGGUGAAGCUCCAGAGACUGAUUGUAUUGAACUUGAAAAAAUGCAAAGAGUUGGUGGCAGUUCCAGAAAGCCUGGGGAAGUUGAAAGCUCUGCAAGAACUGGUGCUAUCUGGUUGUUCAAACCUCAAGACUUUUCCAAUCCGCAUUGAGAACAUGAAAAGCUUGCAGAUAUUGUUGCUCGAUGGGACAGAGUUCAGUGCCUUAAAAGUGGAAGACUUACCUGAACUAAGACGUGGUAUGAACGGCCUAUCCUCAGUACAGCGUCUAUACUUGAGCGGGAACGAUGUGAUCACCAAUCUGCAUACUGGCAUCAGUCAACUAAAUCAUCUGAAAUUGCUUGACCUGAAGGGCUGCAAGAAUCUCACAUCCAUUCCAUUACUUCCGCCAAAUCUAGAGAUUCUAGAUGCAUAUGGCUGCGAGAAACUGAGAACAGUCGCGUCCCCCAUGGCCCAGAUUAAGCGUGUGGAGAAGGUUCACUCUAAAUUCAUUUUCAUCAACUGCAACAGUCUUGAACAAGCGGCAAAGAAUAGCAUCACAUCAUACGCACAAAAGAAAAGCCAGCUGGAUGAGCUUAGAUCCUAUAAAGAGGGACAUGCUUCAGAAGCUUUAUUCGUUACUUCCUUUCCAGGGAGCGAAGUACCUUCAUGGUUUAGCCAUCGCACAGUCGGACGCUCAUUAGAGCUGACUCCGCCACAUUGGUGUGACAACAAUCUUUCGACAAUAGCUCUGUGCGCUGUUGUUUCAUUCCCGAAAACUGAAGAUGAAACCAAACGUUUCUCAAUAAAGUGCACUUGUGAGUUCAAAAACAAACUUGGGACAUGUACACGUUUCAGCUGCAUUCUUGGUGGAGGCUGGAGUGAACCGCGCAAGAUCGAUUCAGAGCAUGUGUUUAUCGGUUACGCAUGUUGCUCCCACGUUAAAAAUCAUGUACAAGGUUCGCGAGAACAUCAGAGAUGCGUUCCUACGGACGCGUCAAUCGAAUUCGAGGUGAUAGGUGGUGCAGGUGCAGGUGAGAUUGUUAAUUGUGGUUUGAGUUUCGUGUACGAGGAACCAAACCAUGUCGUUGUUGAAGACCGUAAUGGAACUUCUUCAGUUGGAAAGAGUAUACGGUACUCUGCUUCUCGGUUUUGGUUCAUUGUUUUGACGUUUUUGUGUGUUUUAUGCAUUUCGGGUUUUAGGUUUGCUAGAAAUUUUUUUCACUAAAUAAUUGUAUAUUCUGGGUCAUCACUAAAUUUACUGUUUUGUAUAUGUAAAGUAUAAACUUUCUAUAGUGAAAUUUGUGACUUGAUUCACACCAGGUAACAAUCUUCUUA